GUCAUUGUUUUUGACUUUGACAAGGUGUAUAAACAACUUUACUCGCGGUUUAUUACAAAAUGUUGAUUUAUUUUUUAAAUUAAUUACAAUUCCAUAUAUUUUAUAUUAUUAACAUGGCAGACGACGAGGGAAAACCAGGAGAGAAAAAAGGACCUGUUUUUACUUACCCUUUGAUUAGGCACUCGGAUAUGUCCGAAGAAACUCAAAAUGAAGCAGCCGAUAUUGUAACAACUGCAUGUGAAAAAUUCGGCAACAAUAACGAAGAAUGCGCUAAAAUGAUAAAAAUAGAAAUGGACAAAAAAUUUGGUCCACCGUUUAAUGUUGUUAUUGGCGAAGCUUUCGGAUUUGAAAUAUCAUACGAAAUCGGUAAUGUGGCGUACUUGUUUUUUGGAGGCAACGGCGCAGCAAAAUUAAUAAAGGACGAAAUGGAUAAGAAAUUCGGAACACCACAUCACGUUGUUGUUGGAGAAGCUUUCGGGUUCGAAGUGUCUUACGAAAUCGGGACUAUUUUAUACAUGUUUUUCGGUGGAAAUUUAGCAGUUGUUGUUUGGAAGUGUUAAUUAUAACUAUAAUACAUAAAAUAUAUGUUCCUAUUCAGUGUAUCCUAUUGAGUGUUCAUUAUAGUUCAUUAUAAUAAAUGU